AUUCCAGCCUUUCUGAAUGUGGUGGAUAUUGCUGGCCUUGUGAAAGGAGCCCACACUGGCCAAGGCUUAGGAAAUUCCUUCUUGUCUCAUAUUAAUGCCUGUGAUGGGAUCUUUCAUCUGAUGCGAGCAUUUGAAGAUGAUGAUAUCACUCACGUUGAAGGAAGUGUAGAUCCUGUUCGUGACAUUGAAAUAAUACAUGAGGAACUUAGACUGAAAGAUGAGGAGAUGAUCAUGCAGAGUAUAGACAAGCUUGAAAAAGUAGCUGUAAGAGGAGGAGACAAGAAGUUAAAACCUGAAUAUGAUGUAAUGUGCAAAAUCAAGACCUGGGUAAUAGAUGAAAAGAAAGCUGUCCGCUUCUAUCAUGAUUGGAAUGACAAAGAGAUUGAUGUUUUGAACAAACAUUUGUUUUUUACUUCAAAACCGAUGAUCUACUUGGUUAACCUCUCUGAAAAAGACUACAUUAGAAAGAAAAACAAGUGGUUGAUAAAAAUUAAAGAGUGGGUGGACAAGCAUGACCCGGGUGCUUUGGUCAUUCCUUUUAGUGGGGCCUUGGAACUCAAGUUGCAAGAUAUGAGUGCUGAGGAGAAACAGAAGUAUCUGGAAGAGAACAUGACACAAAGUGCUUUAGCAAAGAUCAUUAAGGCUGGAUAUGCAGCACUCCAACUAGAAUACUUUUUCACUGCAGGCCCAGAUGAAGUGCGUGCAUGGACCAUCAGGAAAGGGACGAAGGCUCCUCAGGCAGCAGGGAAGAUUCACACAGAUUUUGAAAAGGGAUUCAUUAUGGCUGAAGUAAUGAAAUAUGAAGAUUUUAAAGAAGGAGGUUCAGAAGCUGCUGUCAAGGCUGCUGGAAAAUACAGACAACAAGGCAGAAAUUACAUAGUGGAGGAUGGAGAUAUUAUCUUCUUUAAAUUUAAUACACCUCAGCAACCCAAGAAGAAAUGAAUAGAAAUAAACUGUGCUGCUUCAAAAAGCAUAUGAAUUUUUAUUUAGGAUGGAAUAUCUGGAAACAGAAAGCAUACAGUUUCUACCUAGGGAAUCUCCCCUCCCCCCAGUGAAAUUAUUCUUGUUUGUUUUGAAUUAAAAUACGGCACCUCCAGCGAACAUGCAAGUUCACUAAAUGUGAACAGCUUUGCAUUUCAAACGAUUAAGACCCUACUCCAAAUUGUAGAAGCUUUUCAGGAACCAUAUUACUCUCAUGAUACUUCAUUAAUCUCCAUCAUGUAUGCCAAGCCUGACACGUUUGACAGUGAGGACAAUGUGGCUUGCUCCUUUUUGAAUCUACAGAUAAUGCAUGUUUUACAGUACUCCAGAUGUCUACACUCAAUAAAACAUUUGACAAAACCA